AUGUGUAAUACAGAUGCAUUCUCACAGCAGGAAAGAAGCUCGACUUUACAGCAAACUUUGUUUGCCAAUAACAUGGAAAAUCCAAUGCUAUGGGAUGGAAAAACGAGCUUACCGUCCCAAGACAAGCAAAAUGAUGAUAAUGAGCUCGUCAAAUACAUGUCCAAGUUACCCGCCUUUCUCCACCACAUGGAGAAGCAAAGUAAUAUUCAAGAAAAGGCACUGAAUUUUGGUGUGCUCGACUGGAGGCGCCUGGAGAAGUGGAAAUAUAACGAGCGUAUGCCUUCACGUAAAUACCCUCAAAAGGCAUCAUCAAGUAGCAAGACUCGAAUAUGUCAAGUCCCGAGAAAGCAGUUAGUCUCCUCACAUGUUCGUGAAAAUAUCUCGUUGAAUUCAAGAAAUAGAGCCGUGCUUCAUGGUUCGCAAUUUGGUUUGCCUAAGGAAGAAAAUAAUGUGAGUUAUCAUCACAAGGGUGGUGAAAAAUAUGCCGAGCUUGUUCGAUCUAAUAAAGGAAAGGAAACAAAAUGCAACCAAGAAUAUGGAAUUGGUAGACUUCAAGACCAUUUUCAUGAGAGAGCAAAGUCUUACGAGGAUCAGAAGAAGGAGAUGAUGUCAAAAGAAGAAAAUUCGCGAAACAAUAGUUAUGCUCUGGGGAAUAGGGAAAUAUUAAGACUUACACCCAAAUGCCAGCUGGAAUUGGAAAAUAUUGUGCUGUUUAAACCGGAUCACUUUAAAAGAGGUAGCUUCAAGAGCUCUCAGUUUACAGAACCUAGGAUAUCGCUCGAUGGAGAAUUUGCAGAAAUGGUGAGGCCCAGAUUAUCAGAUUUCUUUUGUCCUCAAGAGCUUAAAUCUAGUGAUGUUUCAGUUUCGAAUGUCCGUGACCCGAACAGUCCAUUGACUUUUGAAUCAAUUGAUGUAUCAGAAAGUAAACAUUCGUUGGUGCAUGACGAAAACGGCAUCCCAUCAUCUUUUCUUGAGUCUUCUGACAAAAAUAAAGCCGAGUUUGCUGAAAAUCGGCGGUUUAGCUUCCACCGGGGCAAGACGAGCAAAAGUCUUAGCUUCAAGGAUAACUCAGAAGUACCCCAUUUGAGCUCUGUGAGGCCCAAAACUUCCUCCGGCGCAAAUAACUUCAAAAAUGACCCGGCAAAUGGGUGCAGCCGAGCAAGGUCCAGCCCAUUAAGGAGAUUGCUGGACCCACUUUUGAAGCACAAAGAGGCCCAUACAGCUGAGACUGUUGCCACGGGCCCAUCUCAGCCUGAGAGGCCGACUACUUUACAGGCCCUUCUGCAGCUAACUUUGAAAAACGGGCUCCCUUUCUUUAAACUUGUGGUCAAUAGUAGCAAUGACAUGCUCGCUGCUACAGUGAAGAGGCUACCUGCAUCUGGAAAGAUUGAUUCUUGCUUGAUUUACACAUUCUACUCUGUCCAAGAGAUGAAGAAAAAGGGCACGAGCUGGAUGAAUCAAGGUUCGAAGAGUAAAAGCUCUAAUCUUGGGUACAAAAUUGUCGGCCAAAUGAAGAUUUCGGGCUCCGGCGAAAAAUGCAAUGUAAGGGAAUGCGUACUUUACGGUGUUGAUGAUCGAGAAGAGCAGGAGGUUGAGAAUGAACCAAAAAAGGAACUUGUGGCUGUUAUUGUCAGAAAACCGAGUAAAAUGGAGCUUAAGGAAAAUAAAAACGAUGAUAGGGGCAUUGUUGUAAUUCUUCCAGGUGGUGUUCAUGGCUUGCCGAUCAAAGGCACGUUCUCCUCGUUGAUUAGCAGAUGGAGAUUUGGUGGGUCGUGUGAUUGUGGAGGUUGGGAUGUUGGCUGUAAGCUGUGUGUACUUGUCGACUGUAAGAAGAGAAGCCAUAGUAUUGAUCAUGUCAAUCUUUAUGUUGAGGAUGGAGAAAAAGGCGACGAGCUCGUUUUCACGAUGAAACCAUUUGAAAAUGGGUACUACUCGAUCGAGCUCGAUGCAUCGAUUUCCUUGCUUGAGGCAUUUGCCACAUGUGUGGCGAAAAUCACCUGUUUGAAAUUCCCCGAGAUCACAGACAGCAAAGACCCGAGUCAAGAAUAUUUUGCAGAGGCCAUAACCUGGUCAAGAACAUUAUCUCCUGCUGGAAGGAUUUAA